UUUGCCCCCUUCAUACCCAAAAAGGUAAACAAGCAAAACAUAAAGGUCAAGACCUCCCAUCAAAAUAUAAUCUCAAAUUGAAAUAAAAACAGAGAACAAUCUAUCUCUACCUACCUAUGAAAAAUUGUGAAAAAUUGAAAAAAUUAUAAAAUUCAACCUUUGCAAAUACAAAAAAUUCAAUCUCUCUCUCUCUUCCUUCUUUCCCUAUCUAUGUCCUGUACUCCUGUUUGGCAAUAUCCCAGCUCACAUUUUUCCAGUCGUAGGUUCCUUUUUUUUUAAUUUAAUUUUUUUUUUGUGGGUGGGUGUUUUUCUGAAAUUAACACAUACACAACUUUGAAGCUUUCCCUCUUUCUCUCUCCAUCUUUUCUUUAAUAAAUUCCUUCUCAGUAGCUACUCAUAGAAUCCCAAAUCUAGAGAGAGAAACAAACACAUCAAAUUACAUUACACAACUCAGCUUUUUAGAGAGAGAAUCACCAACUAAAUUACUUCAAUUCCUUCCUUCCUUUCCCAAAAGAGAUAAAACAAAGAAUAACCCCAUCACAUGAAUUUCAACUCACAGAUUUGAUCAUCCAAUUCCUUUCUGGGUUUUUGUGUUCUCAAUUUCUACUCAGAGAAAAACAAUUUAUUAUUUUUUUGAUUAAGUAAAAAAAAUGUGGGAUCUCAAUGGUUCGCCUGAUGAGAUUACUAGAGCCGCCGCUAGAGGCGGAGGUUACCCAGAAUCAGAAGGCGGUUCCUCCCAAAAAACGACGUCGUUUGACGGCGACGAUAAGAAUUCCACCUCCUCCGCCGUCGUUAUCGACGACUCUGGCGAGAGAUCCGACGGCGAUGACCCCGGCGGCGACAGAAAGAAGCGUACUACCAACUAUCACAACAGCAAUAGCCGUCGCCUUUUCGGGUUUUCGUUUAUUACCAACAAUAAUAAUAACAAUAACAUCAAUAAUAAUGAUGAUGAAGAUGAGGAUAAUUCUUCAUACUCCGGCGAUCCUCCGGUGACACGUCAGUUUUUUCCGGUGGAAAUUGAUGUUUCCGGUGGAGAUGUUGCUGGUUCUUCCGCUGGUAACUUUUCUAAACCGGCUCAUUGGGACGGAACUAAGCUAUACCCAACAUCGGAUACUAUGGCUGCUGCUACUUUAAUGGGCCCAACUGGUGUUGCUAAGCCCACUGAGUUGGCCCAGCCCAUGAAGAAGAGUCGACGAGGCCCACGUUCCCGGAGCUCUCAGUAUCGUGGGGUUACUUAUUACCGGCGAACUGGCCGUUGGGAGUCUCACAUAUGGGAUUGCGGGAAGCAAGUUUAUCUUGGUGGAUUUGACACGGCUCAUGCGGCAGCUCGUGCGUAUGACAGGGCAGCAAUAAAAUUCAGAGGAGUUGAUGCCGACAUAAACUUUACCCUUGAAGACUAUCAAGAUGACUUGAAGCAGAUGGGAAAUUUAACCAAGGAGGAAUUUGUUCAUAUACUUCGCCGACAAAGUACCGGCUUUCCUAGAGGAAGUUCUAAAUAUAGGGGUGUUACAUUGCACAAAUGUGGUCGUUGGGAGGCUCGUAUGGGCCAAUUCUUAGGCAAAAAGUAUGUGUACUUGGGGCUCUUUGAUACCGAAGUUGAAGCUGCUAGGGCUUAUGACAAGGCGGCAAUAAAAUGUAAUGGGAAGGACGCAGUGACAAACUUUGAUCCUAGUAUCUAUGAAGAAGAGUUGAAAGCAACUGAAUGUUCGAGUAGUGGUGGUGGGGCUGGUGGUGGUGCUGAGCACAACCUUGAUUUGAGCUUGGGAGGAUCGUCGAGCUCUCGGAAAAAUGCUGGUCUUGAUUUUCGAGAUAGUAAUCCCGCAAUGCUAGAGCAGCAGCAACAACAAUAUCCAAGCUCAAUGCAACUUGAGCUAAAUUGGCAAAAUCAAGGCUCUAGGCCUAAGGAUGCAUAUCAGGAUCAUGCUGAGACUAUGCAGCUCCUUAGUCAAACUCGGCUUCAAUCAUCUCCAACCUCGUUACAGCCUAAGGAAAUGUCAUCGAUGCAUAAUCGAUAUGCUGGCCAAAUGCCUGUUUUUGUUCCUCCUCAUCUAAAUUCGUCAAAUUACCAUCAUCAUCAAAUUCAAUUUCCAAGCAGCAGUAACGGGGGCAGGAUUGAUCUUAUGUUGUCUUCAUCAAGCGCCAACAUUAAUAAUAUUAAUAGUAAUUGUAACGAAAAUCGACAACAACAACGUCAACAACAGCAACAGCAAUGGCAAGCUGGGCCUCAUCCCCAAAUGUUUGCUACUGCUGCAGCAUCAUCAGGAUUCUCACAGCAGAUAUCAAGACCCCCACCAAAUUGGAUGCCUCCUAAUAAUGGCUUCCAUCCUCUGAUGAGACCCUCUUAAGAUAAUAUCAUCUUUUCCUUGAAAAAAAAAAUAAUCUCUAAAUCAAUUUCAUCCUCUUUUCCCUAAUUUAACCCUCUUUUUUUUUAAUAUAUUAUAUAUUAAUUAAUGUAAUUAAAGCCUAAUGCUUUGUGAUUUUAUUUUUUUGGAUUUGGGGAAAUUUGGAAGAACCCCAAAGAAAAAGGGGAAAUUUUCCAUGUUAUUGAAACCUUAUUGGUCAAACUAACAGUAAAAGAAAAAAAAAAGGCUACAGAGGUGAAUGAAAAUUGAAUGCUAAUUUAUUCAAGCAUACUUUUUUGCUGCUAAA